AUGGUGGUAGUCAUGAUCACCAACAACGAUAAGACAGCCUAUAGGGAGGAGGUCAAACACCUGGCGGUGUUGUACCAGGACAACACCCUCUCCCUCAAUGAUUACAUGCCUCAUUUAGGGGAACAUAAGAAGAGAGCAGCGCUGAGAAUAAAGGAAUGGGUGGAUCAGAUGCAGAUAGAGCUGGUGACCCUGGCAGACAUGGCCAGCGCCGGGAAGAACCUCACACAGAUCUUUCUGGACAACCAGAACCUGUUCACAGUAGAGUCGAAUGAUGCUGAGGAACUAGUGGCUAGGGCAGCCAGGAAUAUAGAACAGCUGCUACUGAAGAGGGCUGCAGCUCUGGAGACUCUGGCCACAUCUGCUGAGAAUUUCCAGAUGGAACACCAGUGGAAGGAUGAGUAUGCGGAUGGUGACAUUGUUUACUACAAUGCAAAGGACAAUUUGGAGGUGAAUGAGACAGAGGGUCGGAAGAACCGGAUCAGGCCAGCCUUUAAGGAAGAUAUGUUGUUUAAACGCCUCACCUCUCACAACCACACUGCUGUACACAUCCCUACUGACAUCUACGAUGGCUCCUCUCCAUGGAUGGAUGCUCGGAAGACCCCCAGUAAGAUCGACCUGUACGACGUACGCAGGAGACCCUGGUACAUUCAGGGAGCUGCCUCACCCAAGGACAUGCUGAUCCUAGUGGACGCGAGUGGCAGUGUGUCUGGUCUGACUCUGAAGCUGAUCAGGACCUCUGUUGGUGAGAUGCUGGAGACUCUGUCUGAUGAUGACUAUGUCAACGUGGUCUAUUUCAACACCAGGGUGAAUAACACAGCGUGUUUUGAGCACCUGGUCCAGGCCAACGUGAGGAAUAAGAAGAUCCUGAAGGAUGCUGUUCAGAACAUCUCUGCUAAAGGCAUCACCAACUACACCAAGGGAUUUGAGUUUGCCUUCGAACAGCUCUAUGCAACUAACAUCACUAGAGCCAACUGUAACAAGAUCAUCAUGCUGUUCACUGAUGGAGGAGAGGAGAGAGCGUCGGCCAUACUGCAGAAAUACAACGCUGACAAGAAGGUGCGUAUCUUCACCUUCUCAGUGGGUCAACACAACUAUGAUAAAGGUCCAGUCCAGUGGAUGGCCUGUGCUAAUAAAGGAUACUUCUAUGAGAUUCCCUCUAUUGGAGCCAUACGCAUCAACACUCAGGAGUACCUGGAUGUCCUGGGCAGACCCAUGGUUCUAGCUGACCAGCUGGCCAAGCAGGUCCAGUGGACUAAUGUCUACCUUGACGCUCUGGAGCUAGGUCUGGUCAUCACAGGAACCCUACCUGUCUUCAACAAGACCAAGUAUAAAGAUGAAUCGGGUUUAGAGAUUCAGAACCAGUUGAUCCUCGGGGUGAUGGGGAUUGACGUGUCACUAGAUGACAUCAAGAAGCUCACACCGCGCUACACUAUUGGACCUAAUGGAUAUUAUUUUGCCAUCGACCCCAAUGGAUAUGUACUGCUACACCCCAACCUCCAACCUAAGGAGCCUGUCACUCUGGACUUCCUCGAUGCUGAACUGGAGAACGACAUCAAAGUCCAGAUCAGGAGAAUGAUGAUAGAUGGGAACCCAGGUGAAGAGACCAUAGAUACUCUAGUUAAAACUCAGGAUGAGAGAUACAUCGACAGAGGAGUAAGGACGUACACCUGGGCUCAGGUCAAUGGAACAGACUACAGCUUGGCCCUGGUCCUGCCUACCUACAGUGAACACUACUUACAGGCCAAACUGGGAGACACCAUCAGACAGGCCAUGGCCAUGGACACUCUGCAGGUGGAGAUGUUUGAUGAGUUGGGAUACACCUUCAUCGCCCCCAGGGAGUACUGCAAAGGCUUGAAAGACAACGACAACAACACCCAGUUCCUCCUGGACUUCAACCAGUUCAUAGACAGGAACACACUGGAAGAACCAUGUAAUGUGACUCUGGUCAGUAGGCUGCUGUUGGACGCUGGGUUGACUGCUGAUCUGGUCAAACUGUGGAAGGAGCAGACAUUGGGUGGGAUUCUGGCCAGGUUUGUAGCCACUGAUGGAGGGAUCACCAGAGUCUAUCCCAGGAGUGCUGGAGAGGAGUGGACAGAGAAUGCUGAGACCUAUGACUCAAGUUUCUACAAGAGGACUCUGGAUAACAACAUCUAUAUAUUCACCGCUCCAUACUUCAACAAGAGCAGGGAAUCAGGCUAUGAGUCAGGUAUUCUGGUGAGCAAGGCUGUAGACCUCAACAUAGAUGGAGUCAACCUCAAACCAGCUGUGGUGGGGGUGAAACUGAACGUCUCUGCCUGGAUGAGCAACUUCAUGAACGCCACCAUCAAAGUCAACUGCAAGGAUGAAAUCUGUGGCUGUCUGAAGAAUGAUAAGCACGUUGACUGUGUCAUCCUGGAUGAUGGCGGCUUCCUGCUGAUGUCCAAUCAGGAUGAGUAUAUCACUCAGAUUGGUCAGUUCUUUGGGGAGGUAGACCCAGUCGUGAUGAUCAGUCUGGUCAACACGUCUCUGUACUCCUUCAACAAGACUUACGACUACCAGUCAGUCUGUGAUCCUGAGAGAGACAGCAAGGCUGCUGCAGGGCCACGAUCUGUCUAUGUGCCCACUAUAGCAGACAUGCUGAGUAUAGGUUGGUGGGCCUCCACUGCUGCCUGGUCGAUAAUACAGCAGCUCUUCUACGGUCUCAUAUUCCCCAGCUUCCUAGAGGCAGCGGACUCAGAUGAUGACAUGUCAGCUAACAUGUUUAAGGAGAGUUGUAUCACAGAGCAGACUCAGUACUUCUUCGACAACGAAGAGAGAUCCUACUCGGGAGUCCUUGACUGUGGAAACUGCUCCAGGAUGUAUCGAGCUGAGAAGCUGCCCCACACUAACCUGGUGUUUCUGAUCACUGAUGCCAAGGCCACCUGUCUGUCUUGUGACCCCAGACCACUAAGACAAGCUGAGCAACCCUCCCAGGGUCCAGACCCCUGUGAGCUGGCUCAGAACCCCAGAUACAGGAAAGGACCUGACGUGUGUUUCGACAACAACAUAGACGAGGAUGAUUCUGACUGUGGGGGCGGGACCUCUCUAAGCCCCACCCUCUGGCCCAUGUUGGGGCUCCAACUACUGCUGCUGUGGCUCCUCACUGGCUUCCGACAUUCAUGACCCCUACACACACACACAAAUGCACACACACACACACUCACAUCUCACUUAGACAGUGUUUUACAUUGGACUGUUUUCUGACGCUCCAUCCUCUGAACGUAAUCACUGAUGUGUUAACUCACUGCCAGUAUGGAAGAGGAGUCACUCUCCUGUUCUCCAAUCGUUCUCCAAUGCCAAAGGGUGCUCUCUCUCAUCGCUCACUUCUCUUCUCCACCAUGUUUCAAUUGCCUGAGAUAUUCUAUUCUAUUCUAUGGUGCAACAGUAAGAGCUAACCAAACCCUUUAAUUCUGUAGUAUCUAUGUAUUGGUUUGAGUCUGAGGGAGGUUGAGUGGCUGUCCUUUCAUGCCAACAUAUUAUUUUUCACUGACAGCAAAUGAUUUGUGUAUGCCUAGUUGUUUGUAUUAUUGUUGCUUAUGAUAUUUAUUAUAUGUAGAAAAAGAUCAUUAUGAAGACAACGAACGCUGUAACUGAAAUGGACAGCAAAGUUCUCAAUAAUCCAACUGUUCCAGGUCAACCAGCAGUGAGUAAAUAGAUGCAGUAGACUAGAGUAGGGUUCACUCAACAGAGAGCUGAAGAACACUAACUAUGACACCAAAUAAAGCUCCUUAGAGUAACGGGGAUAGUUGGCCCAUGAAAGAGACUCUGAUAACAUGUAGGGUCAAAUCAUACUUUAAUAUCGUUAUGGCCAUGGUACCAAUCUAUGACCUGAGCCAAAUACUUUCUAAAUACUUUUGGUGUGCUUCAUUUAGCUUCACUUGCUGAGUGAGCAUGGUUGUACUUUUGGGGCUAUUCCAUUGGUUCCAUUGCACCGGGAAAGCGAAAUCUAGUGCAACUCAAGUGAUACAUUAUCUAUUUAUCCAGGACUUUAUAGAUACAUAUACAGUAUAGCUUCAUUUGAUGCAUCAGAUUCCUAGUGCCUAUGUAGCGUCAACAUCCCAUUCAUAUAUCCAGAGUUAAUCUUUGAUGGGGAGUCAUUGGAAUGAUGUCCCAAUGUGUCCCAGUUGCACGCCGUACAGUAUGCUAUGUGUAGUAGUAGAGCAGGAGCAGUAGCUCAGAGAUAUGUUUCUUAUGUUACAUAACUAUCUGGUAUCUAUCUAACCUGGGGGUCAGUCUCAUUCACCUUCAGACUGCCAGACAGACUUGAACCCACCUCUGUAGAACAAUGUGCUCCUGAAGUUAGUUUACUCUGGAUCCCCAGACUCAGGAUUUCAGCAAAGUGAAAGACAGAAAAGCUUUCCAAAAGACUACAGGAGUUUGUAUCACAUGCCCUGGUGAGCAGACAACUGGAGAAUGAUAUCAGCAUAUACAGUAUAAAGACUGUUUCUUUUCCGUCUUCUUCUACUGCUUGUUUCUUCUUUGUGUUGCUCUCUAAGUGCUGUCAACGAGACGCUGAAAGCUCGGUGUCAGAAUGCUGCAAUGUGACGGAAUGAGUCUGUUCGAUGUUGGACGCUCCUCAAACCAUGGAUUAGUCACUGUUUGGCCAUGAUGGAGAGGACCAAGGUACAGGCACUGUUACCACAGACCUGAACCACAGACAGUUUCAUGUCUUACCCCACUCUUAUCCCAACCUUACCAAUAGUUAAGUUCACUGUAAACUACACAUUACAAAAAAGCAGCACUGUAACCCUACCCCAAAAUGAAGAACUAACAGCUCAUGUUAUGUCGUUUUUACAUCAGGGCCUAUCGCUGCCAGUGUUGUCCUUUCUGCCAUGGCCAUCGUGUGACUAACUGGUUUGGCGUUCAGGAUCAUGCCUGUUUAUCGGAGUCGCGUGUUGACGUGUGUAUAACACCAAGGACAUUAUGUAGCCCUGGUACAGGCAUGUCCCUGGGGUAAUCCUUGAUUGUGCUUUAAUACAUGACUUACUCUUUUGUGGAACUUGACUAGCCUGAUUAAAUUUUGUAUACAUUUGUACAAUAAUGAUAUUUACUGUAAAAAAAAAAAAAGAAACUGAAAAAAGGAGAUAUAAUGUUUAUAUAACAUGGUGGUGAUUCUUGUGCAAAUAUGAUGUAUUCACAAUAAACGUAUAGUAUUG